GAUAAUUCACGUCAUCGCAACCGGAAGUACCGGUUUCACAACGAGGACAGCGGCAGCUGCUUGUUCACCUGACUUGUCCAACUGUCAGGACUAACAGCAGGGCAUGACGGGGACGGCGGUGCUGAGGGCUCUCCGGAUCCUGUGCCCCCGAACACUCGCGUCGACCUCAGGCAGGUUCCCGGCCCCGGUGCAGUCCGUCCUGUCUCCGGCUCCAUGUGUGUUGUACCCGCCGUGCAGGAACUAUCCCAUCAGGACGAUGCAGCUGUGCUCUGCCUUAUGUGCAGGACACAACAAGUGGUCAAAGGUGAAACACAUUAAGGGCCCUAAAGAUGAGGCCAGGGGCAGGAUGUUUAUGAAGUUUGGUAUGAUGAUAAGGAUAGCUGUGAAAGAGGGUGGAUCCAACCCAGACAUGAAUUUAAACUUAGCCCACAUACUGGAGCAGUGCAGAGCCAAGAACAUGCCCAAAGCGUCCAUAGAGGCUGCAAUCAAGAGUGCGGAAAAGGCUAAACCAGCGUCCCAGCACAUGUUUGAAGCACGGGGGCCCGGUGGAUGUCUGCUGCUCAUCGAGAUCCUGACUGACAACACCUCACGCAGCCACCAGGAAAUCAAACGGCUGCUUAUCAAAAAUGGAGGGAUGCUGUCAGAUGGAGCCCGCCACAACUUCAACAGGAGGGGUAUGGUGCAGGUGCCAGGCCACAAUAUCUCAACGGAGCGAGCUCUGGAGCUGGCUAUUGAGGCGGGAGCCGAAGACGUCCAGGAGAUGGAGGAUGAAGAGGAGCAGCCCCUCCUGCAGUUUAUUUGUGACAUGACGGAGCUGAAAAAAGUUCGGGCCUCGUUGGAGGAGCUGGGAAUGCAGGUUAUAUCUGCUGGGUUGGAGUUUGUUCCCCGCACCGUUUCAUCUCUGGACCAGGACCAGCUGGAUGCUGCUUCAGUGCUAAUAGAAGCCCUCAAUGACUGUGUAGACGUAGUGCGAGUGUGGGACAACAUUCAUCCUGUCAGCUGAAUACACUUCAUGGACACUUGGUGGAUACUGGAUAUCUUACACAUGGAAUAUUUGAUUUCUAAGAGAAAGGAUUUGCCAACAGAUACCCAGUACUGCUUGUAAAAAAAAUACCUCUUGUCAUUAUCAGUAUGAAAAUGAGUGUCUCGGCUAUUUUGAUGCUUUCUGUGUGGUAAAAAAUUUUAAUGAAUAGAAAUAAAAUUGUUAAGAUGUGGGAAGUAAAAUAACUUCCGCAUCUGCAUUUCUAUGUUGGCACAUGCAGAAGAACAUUAAACAUUGGUGAUAAUAGG